CGGGCCGGAUGAGGGGCCGGCACUUCCGGUCGGACAUGACGCCACAGUGUCAACAUGCAAGAUGGCGGCGCAUCACCGGCAGAACACGGCGGGGCGGCGGAAAGUGCAGGUUUCCUAUGUGAUUAGAGAUGAAGUGGAGAAGUACAACCGGAACGGGGUGAAUGCGCUUCAGCUGGACCCAGCAUUAAACAGACUCUUCACGGCAGGGCGGGACUCCAUCAUAAGGAUAUGGAGUGUCAAUCAGCACAAGCAAGACCCUUAUAUAGCAUCUAUGGAACAUCACACAGAUUGGGUAAAUGACAUUGUGCUCUGCUGCAAUGGCAAAACAUUGAUAUCUGCUUCUUCAGAUACUACUGUUAAAGUGUGGAAUGCACAUAAGGGAUUUUGCAUGUCAACACUAAGGACGCAUAAGGACUAUGUGAAAGCCUUAGCAUAUGCAAAAGAUAAGGAGCUGGUAGCAUCUGCUGGGCUGGACAGACAGAUAUUCCUCUGGGAUGUAAAUACUCUCACAGCACUGACUGCCUCAAAUAAUACUGUCACAACUUCUUCCCUGAGUGGGAACAAAGACUCAAUCUACAGCCUUGCAAUGAAUCAAAUGGGAACAGUUAUUGUAUCAGGGUCCACUGAAAAGGUUCUAAGGGUGUGGGAUCCAAGGACUUGUGCAAAACUAAUGAAACUCAAAGGGCACACAGACAAUGUCAAAGCUUUGUUGUUGAACAGAGAUGGCACCCAGUGUCUUUCAGGCAGCUCUGACGGGACGAUCCGCCUGUGGUCCCUCGGGCAGCAGAGGUGCAUAGCCACGUACCGAGUCCACGAUGAGGGUGUUUGGGCUCUGCAGGUCAAUGAAGCCUUCACUCAUGUUUAUUCAGGAGGAAGAGACAGGAAGAUUUAUUGUACAGAUUUACGAAAUCCUGAUAUCAGGGUGCUGAUCUGUGAAGAAAAGGCACCAGUUCUUAAGAUGGAACUGGAUAGAUCAGCUGAUCCUCCUCCAGCACUUUGGGUAGCAACAACUAAAUCCUCUGUGAAUAAAUGGACUUUGAAGGGAAUCCAUAAUUUUAGAGCUUCAGGAGAUUAUGAUAAUGAUUGUACCAAUCCCAUACCACCCCUGUGUACACAGCCUGACCAAGUUAUAAAAGGGGGUGCUAGUAUUAUUCAGUGCCACAUUCUUAAUGACAAGAGGCACAUAUUAACCAAAGACACAAAUAAUAAUGUGGCAUACUGGGAUGUCUUGAAGGCAUGUAAAGUUGAAGACCUUGGGAAAGUAGAUUUUGAAGAAGAGAUUAAGAAGAGAUUUAAAAUGGUUUAUGUGCCAAACUGGUUCUCAGUGGACUUGAAAACUGGGAUGUUGACAAUUACUUUGGAUGAAAGUGACUGCUUUGCAGCCUGGGUUUCAGCAAAGGAUGCUGGAUUUAGCAGUCCUGAUGGUUCUGAUCCAAAAUUAAACCUUGGAGGGCUUCUGCUGCAAGCACUUCUGGAGUAUUGGCCUAGAACACAUAUCAAUCCAAUGGAUGAAGAAGAAAAUGAGAUAAACCAUGUGAAUGGGGAGCAGGAGAACAGAGUCCAGAAAGGAAAUGGAUAUUUCCAAGUGCCACCACAUACACCAGUUAUUUUUGGUGAGGCUGGAGGACGCACUUUGUUCAGGUUGCUAUGUCGGGAUUCAGGUGGUGAAACUGAAUCCAUGCUUCUUAAUGAAACAGUGCCACAAUGGGUAAUUGACAUCACUGUGGAUAAAAAUAUGCCCAAGUUCAAUAAGAUUCCCUUCUACCUCCAACCUCAUUCAUCAUCAGGGGCAAAAACUCUAAAAAAAGACCGGCUGUCAGCCAGUGACAUGCUUCAGGUGAGAAAGGUGAUGGAACAUGUGUAUGAGAAAAUCAUCAACUUGGACAAUGAGUCUCAGACCACGAGCUCCUCCAACAAUGAGAAGACAGGAGAGCAAGAAAAGGAGGAGGACAUUGCUGUGCUAGCAGAGGAGAAGAUUGAACUUCUGUGCCAGGACCAGGUUUUGGAUCCCAACAUGGACCUUCGAACUGUAAAGCACUUCAUCUGGAAGAGUGGCGGGGACCUGACGCUUCACUACCGCCAGAAAUCGACGUGAGGGCAGCGCGGACCCAGAGCAGUCAUGACUGACUUGACCUUGCUGUGCUGGUUCCAAGAGUAGUUCUAGAGCAGCCCUGAACCCCUAAGGUAGAUGAGACUUCUAAUGCCUCAGUAUGGACGGGAAGUAAACAUUUAAUUGAAGUGACUAAUAGACCUGUAAUAUAGAAGAAAAAAAAAAAUCUAUAUGACUUAAACUAAAGUCUGUCCUAGUCUCAGUCAAUGAGAUGGGAGGUCCCUGAGUGGUUUGUGUUGUGUGAGGUGUACAGAGAGUGGAUGAUAACCCAGUGCAGACUUUUGCUUCCUUCUUUUUGCUUUUGGUUUUUUUCCAGAACAUAAUCCCCUCAUCUGCUCGUGCUCGGUAUCAAACAGGUUUGGCCGUAUUAGUCACUGUUCACAAUGUAAUUAAGAACUGCACACAAGGUAUUUUUAGUACAUUCCAUUCAUAAAGUUCCAGCAAUGAUUUCUCCCAGGUUACUUAAGCAUUUCUACCACUGAAAGAAAUUUGGAAAAGAAAACACCAGAAAAUAGGUAUUGCAUACUUGAAUGAAUGGGCCCAUUUAAUUGCAAGCCAAGGGUUAACAUGAGAAUUGUUAUAAUUGCUUUAGAGAGCUGUUGACAUGCAAGAUAAGAACACUAGAAAAAUAUCAGAGCAAUGUGAGUCCAGUGAUGCUGUGCAUCAUUAUAGAGUGAACGUGCUUUGCAGCAACUUAGAGAUUUUUUUUUUUUCUAAAUAUAUAUAACUACUUCCUGCACUGUGUCCUAAGUGUUUUAAAGACACACUAGUCUAAUUUUUGGUAACUGUGCUCCAAAAGUAUGUGACAUUUUGUUAAAACUUCAAACCAUUCUGAUUAUAACUUCAUAUGUUUAAUGUUAAACUUUAAAAACUUCUCAGCAGAUUUCAUAUUCAUGAGAUAAAAAUUUUGAUUCUUUUUUUUCUGAGGUUUUAUAUGCAAUUGUUCUUUUGUUAGAGAUUUAUGCAGAUCUUGUUUUCACUGCUAUUUCUAAAAAUCUGUGACUGUCAUAGGCUCAUGGUAAUCUUUUAUAGAAGUUUAACUUAUUGGGGGGAGGGAGGGUAAGGGCCUUUCAGCUUUUUGUGAGGAAAAUGUGGGGAUAUCCCAGAAAACCAUUUGUAGCCAGAUUUGAGCAAAUUACAAAUCCUCAUAGAGAAAUGGUUUAAAAAUUACUCUUGUCUGAAGCAGAAGCACAAGUGCCUUCAAGGGGCAGUAUAUUAUUGGAGUUUCUUCAGGAGACACAUGCUCUAGCCCUUCCUGUAUCUUGUCAUCAAGAUUUAGGUUGAGGCCUAAGGAAAGUCCCAAUAAAUUAUAUUACUGGGAUUGUAUUGGUCAGACAAAAAGUAAAGUAUUUUUCAUCAUGUUUUAUUUGAAAAAAUAGUCAAAAUAUAGUCCAAAUAGUCAUUCCCUUCUGCACUUUAAACCCAGCAAAACAGGUUCAUUGCUUAGACAAAACCAUGGUUCAGAAUUAAGCUAGCAUGUCUUUUCCUAUCUUUUGAGAAUCAGGUUAAGUUUUCUAUCCCCAUUUCUGUGUAUGCUUAGUUUGACACAAUUGUGCUUUCACUGCACACUUUUAGUGCUAUUUGUGAAUUAAAUGGUUAAACAAAACUGUAACUUUUAUUGGUAAACUGUCCUGACUUGUAUUUAUUAAUAGCAAGGGUCUUUGUCUGUUCCAAUAGGCACUGUUUGGGUUAUGUUUUGUUUCCUGGUUGUCUUCCUGUCCUAUUGUAUACAUUGGAGUUGCUCACAGUAAUUUUUUGUUUGAAAUCAGCCCAAGGUUGUAACUUUCCUUCUGUUUUUUUCUUUCUAACCAUCCCAAAACACAGUAACAGGAAAGAUUAAUGGAAGAGUCUGCAAUGCCAGAAGGGUAAAUGAUGUUUCACAGUUGUAUAGAAUAAAAGGCUUUAGUUAAAAUAUUUUCAGUUGUUUUGUGUACUAGAUAAAUUGUGCAAUUUUGGAGCUGGAAUGUAUCAAAGGGCUUUGGAGUGCUUUGAAGCCUCAAGUAAUACAAUGGCUGAAGAAAUGGCAAUGCCUUAGCAGAUCAUGUGUAUCUGUGAAGAUUAUCUGGUAAUGUGGUUGAAUGUAAGAAUUUCUGAGGUGAGCAGUCCUUCAGAUGUGAGCUCUGAAUCCUGUUGAGGGGAGAAUGUCACAUGGGCAGUGCUGCUUUUGUUCCAUGAAAAUAUUUUGUGCUAACAAGUGACCCAUGCCAGUUGCUGCUGAGCUGUCUGAGUGUGGAAAGGUUGUAAGAGGCACAUGGGAAACCAAGCUGGGUUUCCUGGUGUAGAAAAUGCCAGGACAGAACGCUCAGAGCUUUUGCUGUGGGAAUUGUCAGCUGAGCUGCUCAGAGCACACAGUAAUUCAGUGCCCAAAUGUGCUCCCAGGUUCCCAUCUCUGAUUUACAUGAUGUAUAAAGUGAGAGAAGGGUGGUUUUUUUUGCUACUACCUUUUAUAUUCUGUCACCUUUUCUGGAGUUGUGCUCUCUGUAACCUGAAGGCAGAAGGAGGAGAGCAUUGAGUUAAUAUGAGAGUCACAGCCCCUGGGAACAUUGUGAGCAGAGUUUGAUUGCCAGAAUCACAGGGAAGGCUGCAGAUUUGCAGAAGUUAUUUAAUUUCCAAGUUCAUAAUGGGAAGGAGUUGUAAAUCUGGUGUUUAGUAGUGCAGCCUGUCUCCCAGAAAAGCAUUUAAAUUUUGUAUGACAGGUAAUUUUUUAUUCUCUUUUUUAUGGGAUGGGGCUGAAAACAGGAAAGCUUGGCUCAGAACUUGUAGCUGAAGUGUAAGUAUCAUUUUAGGAUGAGAAAAACUGCUUGAAGGAUUUACCAGUAACUUUAAGAAACACUGAAAGAAUAUUCAAAAUUACCUCUAGGCAGAAAAUUGGUGGACUCCCCUUCCCUAGAAGUGUUCUAGGCCAGGCUGGAUGGGGCUCUGAGCAUCCUGUUCUAGUGGCAGGUGUCCCUGCCCAUGGCAGGGGCUUGGAACUGUAUGAGCUUUAUUUCAGAAUCAUAAAUGGUUUGGGUUGGAAGGGACCUUAGUGUAGUUCUAACUCUUGCUCUUGCAAUUUAUUAGUUGGAUUGUCCAUGUAUUCCCCAGGAGAGCGGCAGCCAGGGACUGGCAGGGCAGUUACUGGUAUAGAGACUUUACGCCAGGAGAGGUCCUGUUUGAUUCAAACUUUAUCUCUAGAAAUUUAUUGACCUUGACAUUUAGAAUCAAUCUUUAAGCACAUGAUCUUACACUGUGGAUGUGGUGCUGGCUCCUGAACAGAGCCAGGUAGAGUCACUUCCCAGCUGGAUAACAGAGCUGUUGGGAGCACACACACAAUUCACAGCAAAGUGGUUGAUUGAAAGAGCUCCCUGUGCUACAGUGGAGGUUUUUCUGUACAGAGCUGUGCAAACACCAUGCAGAGCAGAGGUGCUGACUAGAGCCUGGGUGGGACAUGUCUGAUCUCUCUCUGAGGAUAUUGUGACACUAUUCUAAAUGUCUUUUUCAGGGGACUCUGAAUGCUUAAUUACAUUUUACACAUGUAAUAUGUAUGUAAUAUGUAAUAAUUACAUUUUGUAGCUUAGCAAUGUAACUUUGAGCAAACAGUUGAAAUUCUGCUACAGCAGAAGCAAUGCCACUUAGUGUUUGCUAAGGCAAAAGCCAAGAAGGAAGUUGUGUGGGCAGUGCCCAGGAAAUGGAAGGUGCUAAUCAAUGCGAUCAGUAACCUGUAGCUGCUUUCUCUUAAGAGCCUGUUCUUGUGUUACUGCUUGGAGGUGAAAAUACUUGCCUGGUUUUGGGGGAAGAUGGAGAAUGCAUGCUAAAGUACAUGAGCCCACCAGUAUGUGUGAGUGGUGGGAUCUCUGCUCAGCAUUGCAGAGAUCCAUUUUCCUGCAGCAUUUCUGAGUCACAGCUCAGAGAAGCUCAGCCAAGUGUGGCUGAGCAGCCUCUGCACAGAGCCUAGAGCAGUCCAACAGGAGCUUCAGUAGAUUGUCAGGCCUGCUGUGAAGGUUUAAGAGGGAAAAUUAAAUAAUCAAUGCCUGAAUUUGGUGUUAAAAUAGUUCUACUAGUAGGUGCUCAACCUAAAGACCAUAAACACAUCCACAGUCACUCAUUCAAGUUCAGCCAGAAUUAGUUCAGCAUCCAUAUUGCUGUUAAUAAUGAGAUUUGCAAGUUUAUUUCCUUGUCAUGAUCUUGGGGGUUUACAAUCAUUCCUAGUACAGGGUUAUGCUGUAUGCAAAGUUCCCAUGGAUCAAGUUAGCCUCAGCUGGGGCAGGGCUCAGCCAGCUUUCUGUGGCCUUUGCUGAGCAGAGGUUUGAGCAGCCAGGUGGGAGGAGAUCCCAUGGCUCAGAGGGCUCCUCGUGGCUCAGCCCCAUCAGCCCUGGGUGCCGUGGCAUUGGCAGGAGCAGGGCUCAGUGGAGAUAGGCUUUGCCUAAUCCUCACUCUAAUGCCUGAGCUGCUGGGAGCCUCUGUGGAUUUAACGUCUGCCAGGCCUGUGUCCUCAGGCUCAACUGGUAAUUUUAGGAGCAGCUCAGGUCUGGCAGCUCAUCCUGUUGUGUCUGGCCAUACAAACCACCCUGUUGCUGUAACAUCUGAGGUGACCUCCCCCUCCUCCUGCCUUUGUUCUACCCUUCUGAUGCUGCCCAGAUAAUCCUUGUGUCUGCA